AUGGCGCUCCGUCGACCUCAUCGCAAAUCCCGCCACGGCUGUCUGGAAUGCAAACGCCGACGAGUCAAGUGCGAUGAAGCCAGACCAACUUGCUCCAAUUGCGCCAAGCGCCACUCGGAAUGCGAAUAUGGCUCCUCGAGCUCCUUACUCUGGGCAAAUGAAGAACCAGCCGUGGCUCGGCAAUCAUCUCGAGCAUCGGGUUCAGACAGCGGCCAUCCAAGCGAUUCAAUCCUGAGUAGCCCGCCGGCCGACUCGCUCGGCAUUCUGGGCCGGCUCAGCGGCGACAGCGUAACCGCGGCUACGACGUCCACGUCGGCGUUGAAUCUGCAUGAUUUAGAACUCAUGAUGCAUUGGUGUAAUGACACCUACCGCACGCUCUCCCGAAAUGAUCGCACAGAUCUAGUCUGGCGUAAUGUCGUGCCCGAAGAGGCACUGUCGCACCCGUUCCUGAUGCACGGCAUCCUGGCGCUCUCCGCGCUCCAUCUCGCCCGAACGGGUCCCGAGCCAUCGCGACGCGCAGCAUAUCUCAAUCGCGCUGUCACGCAUCAGAAUCAGGCUCUCGCUUUAUUCCGCGAACUUCUUGGCGAUAUCAAUGAGUCCAAUGCCAAGGCAAUGUUCGCUUUUGCCGGGAUCGUCGUCGUUUAUACUUUCGGUUUCCCACACACACCCGAUGUGCAGGACCCGUGGACAUGCGUGGACGAUCUGUACCAGGUCCUCGUGCUAACCCGCGGCGUGCAGCAGGUUAUCCGCUCGCCGGCGGAUUAUCUCAAUCAUAGUAACUUCGCGCCUAUCCUGCAAGUAGAGGAAGUGCACGCCAGACUCCCGGAUGACGCCACCGCAACUAUAAACAACCUGCACGAGGCGAAUGAAGUCUGUGGUUCACGUGACCAAUCACACGAAACGGAGGUCUAUACAGCCACUAUCGAUAAUGUGGCCGAGAUGCUCAGCUGGGUGUAUGGUGGGAUGACGUCUAGCGUAAUUGCCGGUCGGUGGGCUAUCAAACUGCCUCCGCGCUUUUUGGAGUUGCUUCGUGAGCGUGAGCCAAUGGCGCUUGUUAUGUUGGCUCAUUUUGGUGUGCUGUUGCAGUUUCUUAAGCAUCGUUGGUGCUUUGAUGAAUGGUGUGUGCGCGUUGCAAAGGCUGUAUGGAUGCUUCUAGAUGACCAGUGGAGACCGCUGAUUCACUGGGCGAUGAUCGGUAUUCUAGGUGAGAAUUAUCUGGAGAAGAUGGACACUCUGUGA